UUCUCUAAAUUAGUUUACUACAUGUGAAGACUUCAGUGACUUUAAAUUGGUACCAAGUGGUUUUUGUGCAAAGUUCCUUUCAAGGAAUUCAAGUAUUUCUAAAGUCUUUGAUUCGUGUACACUUGUAUGAUGACGCCCUCUGUAGACCAAAUAAGGUAAUCACAACAGGCUGUAAAAUCAAAAUCUCUUCUCUUUGUUUAACCGACGCCUACUGUAAUGAACAGAAGAGCAACAGGAUAAGACUUUGGACACUGGCUGCAUGAAAUGGGCCUUGCGCAAUCUUGCGUUCCUACUCAGUGUACUUGAGGCUCAAGUAUUUGGUGUGGCAGUUCACAUAAACUGGGGCGGUGUCUUCAUUCAUUGUCACUCCGUGACAGAUGACAGACAGUUGACGCAUCUAAUGAACUGUUGAGCCGUUGACGCCCAACCACGCCUCCACAUGACUGUAGCUAAUGAGCGUCGAGCAUAACUCAUGAGGGCGGGGUUUGAGUCUCGGCAACGUUAAGUUGUUUUCAUCGACCGUGUGGCAGAAGUGCAAGCACCGUUGGCUAUGCAGACGUAAACUAACAGCUGUCGAUGAGGCCGCCGCCGACAAUCGACCACGGCCGGGUUUAAUCACCACGGAGAACUUUUUAGGCGAACGUUAGAGCAUUACAGCUGCGGUUUAAGUGUUUUUGUGGCCAUGGAGGAGAAGAAGGAGGAGGGAGAAGCGGAGAUCCAGGAACACGGACCCGAGCACUGGUUCUCCAAAUGGGAGCGGCAGUGCCUAGCCGAGGCCGAGCAAAAAGAACCGAGUGAAGAGGAGACCGAACAGAGCCAACAGAAACUCUGGCAUCUUUUCCAGAACUCCGCCACCGCCGUCGCACAAUUGUAUAAAGAUAGAGUAUGUCAACAACAGGGGCUUUCCUUGUGGGUUCCCUUUCAAAAUGCUGCAACUGCCGUCACUAACCUAUACAAAGAGAGUGUUGAUGCCCAUCAGCGGAGUUAUGAGCUGGGUAUUCAGAUUGGUCAUCAAAGACGAAAUAAAGAUGUCCUGGCGUGGGUGAAGAAAAGGAGGCGGACUAUUCGGCGUGAGGAUCUUAUCAGCUUCCUAUGUGGUAAAGCCCCACCACCACGUAGUUCCAGGGCUCCGCCAAGACUUGCAAUGGUGUCGCCAAGCCGACCCACAUCCUCGGAGACAAGUUCAUCUGUAGAAACAGACCUGCAGCCUUUCAGGGAGGCCAUUGCUCUGCAUGGUCUAAGCGGAGCCAUGGCGAGUAUCAGUAUGCGCUCCGGAGCCCCAGGUUCACCUACACACCUGAGUGCCAGCUCCGCCCCCAGUCGCCGCAGAAAUGGUCUCCACGAUGUGGACCUCAACACUUUCAUUGCCGAGGAGAUGGCGCUCCACCUCGACAACGGAACUCGGAAACGAAGUUCCUCACAGUGCAAUGAUGUCAUAACAGACUCGCCCACUCACAAACGCAAUAGGAUGAUCUGAGCUCUUAAGAAAAGAAAACAACAGCAAAAUAUGUGAAAAAAUGCCACUCUUCAGUCAUCCUCCCAUCUUUAUUCAGACCAGGAAAUAAAAGCAGCCAAUAACAGUGCUCCCCACAGCCCAGCACAUUCUCUGAUUGGUCUACAGAGCCCAGUUGAGGUGAUCGGUGGGAGACAGUGUUCAGUGCAGAGGCCUAAGUGCCCUUCCAUAGGAUCCUGUCGACAAACACACAACCCUCAUUCACUAUAUUGCUGCGUGAGCUGAUUGUGUGCAUGUAAGGUUGUGUUACAGCUGAACUGAGAUGCGAUCGGAUACAGGAACAAGAAAACAUUUUUGUGUGCAUGUUCGCAACAUAAUGAGCAAUGUCUGUAUGAUUGCGCGUGUAUACAAGUACUUGAUGUGUGUGAGUGUAUGACUGAUGAGUUUUGUGUUAGAGUGUUUGGUACCUGCCUCUUCCUCCAGCACCUGUCACUGCCCCAGCUCUCAGUUACCACGCUGCGGCUUUGAAAAGCAACAAAUGUUUUAUUUUAAUAUUAUUGUCAAUGUUAUU